AUGUGGGUACUGCUCCCAUGCCCCACCAUCAAACAACGAUACAUCUCAACUGUGAAAGUAUGCAAAUUGUUGACGAAGCCGUACAAGACUACCGAAAUGGGCGAUGGAGCAGGAGGCAAAGUACCUCGUAGAUCUGUAGAAAUGUCAUCACUUUCCAGGCCAGUCAUAGAAAUGACCAUUCCAUCUGUAGUCGAUAGGUCAUUAGUGCCUGACGAUCGCUCUCAUGUGAUGUCUUUAUUCACGCAAUAUACACCUUACACAUUGAAGGAUGGACCAUGGAGCGAUGAGCGGAAAGAACAGUAUGCAAAGCAUGUCUUCAACGAGAUAGACAAGUACGCUCCUAAUUUCUCAUCUUCAAUCAUCGGGUACGAAGUACUGUCACCUCCUGAUAUCGAGAAAGUUUUCGGACUUAUUGGAGGGAACGUAUUUCAUGGAUCAAUGUCCUUGGAUCAAUUGUAUUUCACUAGACCAGUAUCCCGGUAUAGCAAUUACACUACACCCAUAAAAGGCUUAUACUUGUGCGGAAGCGGUCCACAUCCAGGAGGAGGAGUCACUGGAGCUCCAGGAAGGCUUGCAGCACUGGUUGCCUUACAGCAAUGA